AUGGUUUACUCGAAGGAAAACCUUGCCGUUCUAGGCGUUUCUCUCUUCCUCGCCGCGUCUAGCAUCAAUGCUCAGUUCGUCCCGCUCGCGCAAAAGAGGUUUAACUACACUAAUAUUCCAUACAAAGUGGACACUGAUGUAGGGCUCCCCCGUGGCUUACAGAAGGGGUACAACAUCUGCAACGAGACCACGGAGAACCAGGAGUCGCUCUGCCAAACGGCUUUCAUCAACUCUCUCGACGACUUCUGUCUCUGGGCACCUCCCGAGCCAGGAGAGGAUGUGGGUAACAUUGAGGGCGAGAUGGUUGCAUGGUGCACGAAAAAGGGCCACGGGACGCGCGUGAUGCCCAAGGGAACUAUUACGGGUGUGCAGUUCACGAAGACGCCGGAUUACAUCCAGGUUGUGGGUUUCAUGGACCAGACGAAAAUCAACAUGAAGCCCGGUGAUUCAGGCGGUGAGAUGGACCCUCACGGCGCUGAUCUCCGCGGAAACCCUAUUGGUGGACUGUUAUUUACCAGCGCGUGGACCGGAUCUUACGUCCAAGCUGUCGAAUGGCACAACUUUAACGGAAACGACAUGUUCUGUCUCAAGGCUUGCGACCCCAGAGGCCCACGCGCCGCGCGGCUCUGCGAGCACAUUUACGACGUUAUGGGUUGCGGUUUCAACGCGCCUUCUAACGCUAAACUAGGCGUCUUUGAAUCGUGCGAGUCCGAGUCGCAGGACCCGCCCGGCCAGUAUGUCAACGCAGCUGGAGUGACCACGACUUGGAAGCAAGGCGACGGUACGGUGCCGUACUCGGUCCGCAUCCCGCGCAGCACGUCCUGCAGCACAUUCCGUAGUGAGAGCAUCUUUGACGGAACCGAGACAGUCCCUGUUCCCGGUGCGACAGCGGCCGCUACGACCACCGGUGGAAAUCCUGCCGCGACAUCUUCUGGAUCUUCUACAUCGAGCACCUCGAGGACUGAUUCAUCUAGCUCAAGCUCUGCGAGUCAGACUCGGACUAGUGGGUCUGCACAGAACACUGAUGGACCCUCUAGCGAUGCAAUUAUUGGAAGGAGGAUGAGUGCCGGACUGGGUCUGUUUGGUCUUGCCGUAUCCUUCGUUGCGCUUUUCUGA